CAGCAGCAGCAGCAGCAGCAGCAGAAAGAGGAGGAAACCCGCAACCACCAGCCAACAGCGCAAGCUACAGCCAGACACGUCAAAAAUACGCCAAGGUUAUCACGCCGCCCCAGACUAGCUCACCUAGCUUGCCGCCUAGUUUAGAGUAGUCAAGCCAUUCCGCCAACGCGAACGGGAAAAAAGACCACCCACUCAACAGAUUACGGGCGGAUCAGAUCUGCCACCACCACCCACUAGACCGGAACAGUCAAGCUCCACCCAUUCAUUCAAUUGCUCCAUCGGUUAGAAUCGACUUGGACGCGAGGGCGGCGAUCUCGAAAGCCCUUCCGAUUCAAGCCCCCCGCAUCACCCUCGUCACUCCAUCCCAUUUUCCCCUACUUUUUUUAAACCCUCUACUACUCUUUCUUUGUCGGGGCUGUCUUUGUUGUUUUCAGCCAGCCAGCCACUCUACACUGAUUUGUGUGGCAACGACCGCACACCGAACGACGACCGGACUCAGAGUCGAAUGCCAGGGACGACAAGAUCCUACCUGAGACCAGGUCCUACAAACCUGUGGCGUGCCGGUGCCCUUGGUACUUCCCCACAACAGUCCUUCCGUGUCUCUAUUGCGUAUACAUUACCUUUUUCAAACAAAACGAGCCCACCCGGGUAUCUUGCCAGCCCUCGAGGUCCGUUGCCGUGGUCUACAGAGCGAUCCCACUUCAACCGCCCGAGCCUAGGUCCCCAUUUUCUUUUCUUUUCUAUCCGCGAAGCUCGCACCACGAAGUUCACUUUCCUCCAAACUUUUCUUUCUUUCAUAUCAAGCUUUCAAGAUCCCCGGUCGGGACACAACUGCGCACCAAACGCCCUGAUCUGAAGACGCCUCUUCUUUGCUUCUUCCCGUCAUAUACUUCCGCUACUGGCGUCGCCACAGCCUUUUCAUUUUACACUUUCGCAACGGCUACUUCACCAGGACAUUCCCCUGGUUGCAUCUCAAGCUAAAGCUUGGGCGCUCGACUAUUCCAACCUUGUUCAUCUGGACCCGGCGCGUGCAACAGCCCGUCAAUCCGAUUCCUAUUCGAACAGCACACGCUUCAUAUGCUGUAAGCUAUCAAGCCAACAAUAUCACGGCAUUGUUCAACAUAAUCUAUUGCUCGAAACUUGCUAUACCUAGCAAGCUAGGCCUUUGAUUUCCCGACAGCACAUUCGACAAUAGUUGCGAUGUCGACUACGGGACAAGGGAGUCCCCUUGGGACGACCUACGAAGGGUACGUGGCGACCACAUAUGACGCCUUGAUCCUCUUCGAGGCAUGUCUCUCGGGAUACCUUAACCAUGUGCCACGCCGCCCGCACGAUCGAGAGCGCGAGAACCUUAUCAGAAGUGGAGCCAUCUUCAUCUAUGAGGAGCAUUCUUCCGGUAUCAAAAGAUGGACCGAUGGCUACAACUGGAGCCCCAGCAGAAUCCUCGGCAACUUUUUGAUAUACAGAGAGCUUGAGGGACCCUUCCCACCAGGAGAGAAGAAGCGUGCUAGGAAGCCUAACAACAAGAAGCAAGGCGCAAAGAACGAAACCACGCGGACCCACGCCAUGAUGAACGCUGUUAUGGGCAACGGCAACACACCAUUAUCGGAUGAACAGCAACGGCAACAAGAAGAGCUCAGGUUACUUGUGGGCUCGCUCAUUGAUUCUUACCAGUUCAAAAUGGACGGCCUGGUCAAGAAGACUAUCUCAAUAACUUGGCAAGGUGUCAGCCAUCACCUUGUCUCAUACUACAGCUGCGAGGACGUCUUGAACAAGAGGCUCACUACACCAUCCACCGACCCCAAAAUCCGCAACAUCCAGCCCAGGUCACAACUGUAUACAGGCCAAAACUUCCGCAGUCCUGUAUCUGAUGACUCAAUGAUUGGGCAACUGCAACACAACGGCCCCCUCGAUCCGCAUGGGAUGCCCCACGGAUUCGCCCCGGCAGGAUUUUUACAAGCGGGCAUGCCUCACCACCCGCACCAUCACCCACAACAAAUGAUCCCGGGAGGCUGGGGACAUUACCCUGGGCAUGCGCCUGCCUCUUUUGACCUUCAUGUGGCGCAGGCAGGCUUGGGCAUGGCACAUGGCGGCCACUUUGGGCCUGGUCACGAUUUCGCCUCUGCGUAUAACCAAUCACACCACCGAGCCUCAGUCAGCGGUCCAGUGACGACUGUGCCUCCCAUGGACUCGGGACGGAGACAUUCGACACAUAUGACCCUUCCGAUUCACUAUGAGCAUGGCCUGGCCGCAGGCAGCCUCAGCGCGCCGAGUCAGAAUCACGAGUCUAACCACGGUAACGAGAUGAGCCCACCAAGCCACGAGGCAAACCCUCCGCACCACGGCUUGGCACACAGCCAGCCCUUUUCCAACCCCAGCGAAUUCGCCUACAGCGCCGCACCAACGAGUUUCGUGGGUGAGAGCCUCCUGUCGUCGGCGCCUGCCACAGGCCCGACAGCACCAUCUAGCGAAUUCAAGACGGCCGAGUUUGGCGGUCACACUACUGAUGGAAUGUUUGCGGGCGCAGAACCCUUCAAAACCGAGGGCUACAGCCAACAGCUGCAGUACGGCAACCAAACAUUCUCCAUGAAUUAAGGCCGAUUUGUGUUCCACGCAAGCUCAUAUCUCAGAAUGGCGUUUGGGGUUUUUUUUACGGAAGGAUGAUACCUUGGGAGGCUUAGGCUGUCUUUUUUUUUUCUGUCUUAAUUUGGAUUAUUUGGAUAUUAUUCUUGUUGUACUUUUUCUACCAGGGGAGGACUUGACAGAGGGGAUGAACACCACAAAAUCCUACUGUGCAUAUCGUAUGAUGAUAGCGAAGAGUCCGAAAAGGACUGAAGCAUGUGGACGAGCAUGUGGACAUAGGUUCGCCUGAAUACAUAUUAUUUCUCAAGCGA